AUGCGCGCCAUUCAAGUCAGCAGUUAUGUCAAGGGUCCCCUCGACCUCAAAAUAACCGACCUCCCAACUCCUAACCCUACAUCAGACAAAUACCUCAUCGAAAUCCAUUCCGCAGGCACAAACUUCUUCGACAUCCUCCAAAUCCAAGGCAAAUACCAACACCAACCACCAUUCCCAUGGAUAUCCGGCUCAGAGUUCGCCGGCACCAUCCUCGCGACACCCACUGACCCAAAAGGAAUCUACAAAUUUAAAAAGGGAGAUAGAGUCUUUGGCGCUGCCCAGGGCGCUUAUGCGACUCAUAUCCUUGCUCCAGAGACGUCCUUAUUCCCUGUCCCGCGAGGAUGGAGUUUUGCCGAUGCAGCGGGUCUAUUCGUCACUGCACCUACAUCCUACGGUGGCCUUGUGACGCGCGCAAAUCUGCAGGCUGGUGAAUGGGUUCUUGUUCAUGCUGCAGCGGGCGGAGUCGGAUUAGCAGCCGUUCAAAUCGCGAAAGCCUUGGGGGCAACUGUAAUCGCGGCCGUUGGGUCAGAGGCGAAAGGUCAAGUCGCAAAGAGGUUUGGGGCAGAUUAUGUGGUUGAUUAUCGUGCUGAUAAGAAUUGGCCGGAACAAGUUAAGAAGUUGUGUAAGCAGAAUCGAACGGGAAAUGGGAAAGCGGGUGUCGAUGUUGUCUAUGAUCCCGUGGGUAUGAUUGAGCAGAGUUUGAAGUGCGUGGCGUGGAAUGCUAGGUUAUUAGUGAUUGGGUUUGCGGCAGGCACAAUUGAGAAAGUUGCGCUGAAUCGUGUCUUGCUCAAAAACGUGAGCAUUGUCGGGAUACAUUGGGGUCAAUACGCGAAUUUUGAGCGUGAGACGGUGCCCGUGGUUUGGAAAGGGAUCUUUGAUUUGAUUGAUCAGGGGAAAUUUCAGAGUACCGCGUUUACGGACGAGAGUUUCAUCGGGUUGGAGAGUGUGCCGAGGGCACUCAAGGCGUUGGGCAGUAGGGGUACCUGGGGUAAGGUUGUGGUAAAGAUUGUGGAUGAUAAAGGUAAAUUAUAACUCUGUAUCGGUACAUAUAGUUAAACUAUCAUAAAUCUAUGUCUGAAUGUAGUGCGCAAGGAGUCAUGCUCUCGUAGUAUUAUCCUCACUCCACGAAUGUAAAAUCCGAGCAAGUGAGGAAUAAGCGAGACAUAAACAUGAACUAUGAAGGCUCUAAUAAUCAUUCUCGCAAAUCCUUUUGGUACAAAAAGAAGAAACCUCCUAUAGAGAAGGCGGCUUCUUCCCCCCCAAUCCCAGCUCCAGUACUAUACAUGCACAAAACGCGCGAGGUGUAUUGACUGUUCUCGAAAGAGUUCCAUGGUGCAUAAAGUUGCUUGACCUGUAUCCAGAACCGAAGUAUUGCUCAGUCAGAUCGGAUCGGCGUCAAGGGGAACAGCUGGAUGGGGAGGAUUGCGUCGUUCGUUCAUCUUUGUAUAUAUUUGGACAAGUGAUUUGUCCUGACUGGAUAGAACCGAAAUGAAUUGGGAAUAGGUUGAUAACCACAACUUCUCUUAUGCUGAUGAAUUUCAAUGCGACGAUUGAAACACCGACUAUUCUGAUUUACCACUCAGAAGCUACUCUCGACAUCAUGAAGUAGCUGCACAAAUAGUAAUAGGACGAAUAAUUCUUACUGAAAAAAAAGAGUAGAGAUAUAUGGUGACCGUC